AUGUGUGGGAUUUUCUUCUCUCUUAGCGCAUCAGGAGCAGUGCUUCCUAAUGAGGAGACUUGCUGCUUGUUGCGGAAAAGAGGACCCGAUAACUACCAUGUUCAUAGCGUUGAACAUAAGAUAACCAAUCCACGGUCAAGCAAUGAAGAGCCCAUUGCUGUUCAGCUUACCUUUGUUUCCACAGUCUUGUCGAUGAGAGGAGGCUAUCUUGUGCCCCAGCCAUUAGUGGAUCCUACUACGCAGUCCGUGUUGUGCUACAAUGGAGACGCCUGGAAGAUAUCAGGUGAACCUAUCCAGGGCAAUGAUGCGGAGCUGAUCUUUAAGCUGUUACUGCAGGCUAUAAAUCACCCUUCUAAGGCCACUUCGUCAGCAGAUUCGAGUACGAAUGCUGUCCAAGGUGUUCUGGCUCUUAUCAGUAGCAUCUCCGGCCCCUUUGCUUUUGUAUUCUAUGAUGCGAUCAACUCAAAACUAUUCUUCACCAGAGACUCACUUGGAAGACGCUCUCUACUCCAAGGUGUUAAUGAGUCGGGGGCCUUCAAGCUGUGCAGUCUCUGCGAUGGCACAUCUUCGACCCACUUUAGUGAGGUCGAGACAGACGGAGUGUAUGUGGUUGACUUAGAACAUGCUAUAUUCCAGAAUAACUCGAUCGCAACGAAGAGUGCCGGUACGCCUUCGUUCGAUGCAAGUUGCAUACAGACUCUGCUCUGGGAGCAUAAUGCAUCCGACCUCCCUCUUCGUCCUAGAAACCCUGUCCCUCCGAUGAAUAAAUCUAUACCCGAAGGAGAAGCUCCUCCACUAACCGUUGAAACUACCGCUGUCAAGGAACUCGAGCAUAAUCUACGUCAGUCCUUGGCAAUGCGAAUUCAGAAUGUACGAGAACCUCCGACUGCUUCAUCAGGGAGCAAUGUGAAAGUCGCCGUACUGUUUUCCGGUGGCCUCGACUGCACAUUACUCGCUAGGCUUUCUCAUGAAAUCCUACCAAAGGAGGAAGUCAUUGAUUUGCUCAACGUGGCAUUCGAAAACCCGCGCGUUGCGGCCGCCGCAAAGAGCAAGGGAGACGCCACUGGCUCCGUGUAUGAAAGCUGCCCUGACCGUAUUACCGGCCGGGCGGCAUUCGCAGAGUUGCAAAGAGUGUGCCCCGAUCGCAACUGGCGGUUUGUGGCGGUAGAUGUACCGUACCAGGAAACCCUUGCGCACCGUGAGACUGUCAAGCGUCUGAUGAGACCCCACAAUACGGAGAUGGAUCUAUCCAUAGCCUGCGCAUUAUAUUUUGCUUCGCGUGGUCAAGGCCUGGCAUUCGACAGUCGACAGCUCGAUGCUCAGCCCAUGCAAUAUGCCACUUCGGCACGAGUGCUACUGUCUGGUCUUGGCGCAGAUGAGCUAUUUGCAGGAUACUCGCGACAUGGAGCAGCAUUUUCUCGGGAUGGGUUCGCGGGCCUCAUCGACGAGAUCAACCUUGACGUCAGCCGUCUUGGAAAGCGAAACUUGGGCCGUGACAAUCGAGUCAUUGCACACUGGGGUCGCGAAGCGCGGUUUCCGUUCCUAGACGAAGAGUUUGUCUCCUGGGUGGUGCAGCUCCCAGUCUGGGAGAAAUGCGGCUUCGGCACCCCUUUACCACCAGCGGAUUCACCAGAGGCAGGGCUCGAUUCGGAGAAAAAGGCCCUCCGUCUGGUUGCACUGAGACUCGGCAUGACGAACGUCGCCCGCGAGAAGAAGCGAGCAAUUCAGUUUGGGUCCAGAACAGCCAAGAUGGAGAAGAGCAAAGUAAAAGGGACUGAUGCUCUUACCUGA